CCGAGUUCAUCGCGAUGGCUCUCACGCUCGUUUCAGCACUGCUUUUGGUCUUCAGCGCCUCAGCUGUUCACGGAAGCGAGUCGCCGGAUGACACGGUACGUUUGCUACAAGCAGUGGCAACAAUGCAAAACACCGUCGCCUACUUCAGCUCGGUGGAUGAUUUCAACGAGAGGUGCAUGACAGCCGAGCGUCCGGUGUUCAUCCCUGAGGAGGACCGAGCCGUGUUCGUUUUUCAUUACCAGAACCAUGAUGGCCAAUCCGGCGGGUAUACACGUGCCUACUGCGUCAAUAUUACUGCAUCCGAUUCUGGAAACUUCCCCUUCGGCCCCUGCGAAGACGGCGAGAUCCCUGGCAUGGCUCAGAUGCUUUUCUUUGACGGCCACAGCUGCUUUGGCGGUCGAUUUCCGCUUUCCGGCACUGAACAAUGCAUCAUGUGGGUAAAAGUAGACUCCAAGGAUUCCGUGUCCGACGAAUGCCUGCAAUACUAUGACAAAGAAUGCGGGUCAGGGAAGUACAAACUGUACGAUAGCGAGCAAUGCACCUAACACUGUUUGACAGCUCGUGUUCAGUACGCAUUGCGUAAUGUCGCAUGAACAUGUGGGAUUCGGCCUGUUUAUGUAUACUUGCAAAUAAAGCGAUUGAGGAUUCAU